UCGCGGUCGCGUCGCGGUCGCGUCGAAGGAUGACCGCCACUUGGUGGCCGAACCUCGAGGAUAUCCUCGAGCUCCGGGUCGCUGACCCUCUCCUGACCCUCCCGGGCGAGGACGACGGGGAGGAGCGGGCGACGAAGCGGAAGAGGGGCGCGAGCGACGGGCGAUGCGAGCACGGGUCGAGAUGGAGGUCCAAGUGCAAGACGUGCAGCGCCUGUCCGCACGGUCGUCACAGGUACCUGUGCGUCGAGUGCGGCGGAAUCGCGGUGUGCGAGCACGAUCGCGAGCGCGAGUCGUGCGCGGAGUGCGGCGGGUCCGGGAUAUGCACCCACGGCCGCAGGCGCUCCACCUGCGUGGACUGCGGCGGGAAGGGCAUAUGCGCGCACGGUCGGCAUCGGUCCAGGUGCCAGGAGUGCCGGGCGGGCGUCGCCGCGUGAGCCGAAUUUGGCCCAUAACCGAAAAUAUGAUUGAAAAUUCAAAAAAAACGCGGCAGCGUGCUG